UCCUCUUGCAGGUUUUUUUGACACUUCCUGGGUGCUACCACUCAUCGCAGAGGUUGGUGUGACGUCACUGCUCGGCUCGGGAUCUGUCCCGGGAAGCUUUGGUGCUGAAAUCUGCAGCGACAGGAGAACAGGCUGCAACAUCCCAGCACACUUUUCUUCCCAAUCGCACACUUAAACACACCAUCCGGUGAUCCAAACCGACCCUCUGUAGCGCUGUCAGGGUCUGGAUUAUUAAAGCCUUUCUGCUCAGAGGAGAACCCACCCGCGGAGAGACGCAGGGACGGUUUGGUGAGGGGACGAGAAGGUGCACGGAUUGAGUCGAGCUUCUACUGCAAGUCUGCUUUCUGAAGAAAAGCCUGUGUGUGAAUAGUAAGGCUGUGCACAGUAUAAGCCAGGCUUGUGGAGCGUUCAAAGAGUGAGAGAGAUGCGAUGCAGAAAAGAGACAAGAUUACACACAGAAAUGCUGGGAAAACCGGGCUCUUUUAGCUCAUAAGGACAUCGUGCGAAUGAGAUGCCAGGCUGCAUGAAGUGAUCGCUUGGAAAGCAGACAUUUCCAGCUUGGGAAUGCUUUUACGCAGCAUGCACAGUUCAUAUACUGGACCCCAACAUCAGAUUUCUAUGUGUUGAGUGUGUCGGUUUAUAAUUUGCAUCCUUCCAGGGAAGACAGGAAGGCAGAGUGUCUCCGAGUGUCUCAGAGUGUCUCAGAGUGCCCAGUGUCCCCCCUCAUCCCUUUUCUUCUCGUGGCGAGGGAUAGAUGCAGUGCGGCCGCGGCAUGCUGAAGGGCCGCUGCUGCUGUGUGCUCUUUAGGGACCUGCAGGUGUUGCUGCUCAGGGACAUGAGCGGACACCGAGACACUGAGGCUCCCAGCACUCAAAGCCAUUCCACAGAGGACUCGGUGUUGGACACGACAGUGGCAGAGCUGUCCAAAGACAAACAAGAUGAGCGCUUCUCAUUUAUCAGCUACGCAGAGGGAACGCCGGUGUGCAGGAUCUGUUUCCAAGGGCCUGAGCAGGGGGAGUUGCUGAGUCCAUGUCGUUGUAGUGGCUCUGUCCGCAGCACUCACCAGCCCUGUCUAAUUAAGUGGAUCAGUGAGAGAGGAUCCUGGACAUGUGAGCUUUGCUACUAUAAGUACCAGGUCAUCGCCAUAAGCACAAAGAAUCCCUUACAGUGGCAGGCCAUCUCACUGACAGUAAUAGAGAAGGUUCAGAUUGCAGCCGCCAUCUUGGGCUCGCUGUUUCUAAUUGCCAGCAUAUCAUGGCUGGUGUGGUCUUCGCUCAGUCCUUCAGCCAAGUGGCAGCGUCAGGACCUGCUCUUUCAGAUCUGCUAUGGCAUGUAUGGCUUCAUGGAUGUUGUGUGUAUUGCUCUUAUUGUCCAUGAGGGCCCUUCAGUCUUCCGAAUAUUCAACCGCUGGCAGGCGGUAAACCAGAAAUGGAAAGUCCUGAACUAUGAUAAAAAGAAGGACAGCGAGGAGCUAAAGGCCAGCGAAGGCGAGUGGACUCUCUCUCUGCUCCACCAGCAGGAGCAGGCAGGAGCCAGUAUAUCACCGUCAACCUCCUCGUUAGUUGCUGCUGCCACAUCUCUUGAUACGCCAAACACCACAGGAGCAGCUCUCACUACAGAGGACUCUUCACACAACCACAGUAAUGACACUACAGGGACUGACCAUCACUGUCCUUACAGCUUUUUUCACCUCCUCAGUCACCUUAGGCCACAUGAGCUACGCAGCCAGCAAGGAAACACCAGCAACACCAGCACUACCAGCAGCCAUCAGCCUAGAGAACUGGUCAUGAGAGUAACCACUGUGUGAGAAAAAUGACACGCCUUAUCAUUGUGGAGGUGGAAUGUCAAAAAGCACAAAGGGUGAACUUUUUUUUUAAACGGUCUCGCCUGACUGGAACAAAAGCACAAUUUCCGUUUGGUGCGCAGGAUGAAAUCUGGAUUGUGUAGAACAAUCUGUAACUGUAAUGACACAAUUUGCUGCCGUAUUUGCGGAUAGAAAAUGAAGAGAAAAAAAAAAAUUAUCUGUACCUUUACAAUACAACUUUGUCUUUCAGUCAACCUGUCACACAUUUCCCUUCAUGCUUAAUUCCUUUACCUGUAAAUGUGAACACAUUGUCCAUUUACAUCCUCUCAGUCAGAAGCUAAAGAAACUCUGAUGCAGCAGGUCAACAUUCUGUAUUAAACACCUGUACAGUCUGAACGUUUACAGUCAGAAAUGGUUUAUCUCACAGGUGAACUGUUUUUUCUUUUUCUUUUUCCGAAAUCACUGUAAAACUGCAAUUUCAAAAUAUGAAGAGAUAGGACUCUUAUAAUAACUGUGCGUUUUUCCCCCCCCCGAGGAAGGCUCCCCUUUCUCAAUCAUAUGGGAUGCCAUGAAGUGCUUAUGUCAGAUGUUUCCUAUUUACACGUGGUGUCUCGAGAUUACUUUUGCCUUGUUGCUAUUUCAGUAAUGAAACGGAAAU